GACACAGAAGCCUUCGAAGAAGCGAAAGAGCGACAGGCUGCGACUGUUGGAGCGACACAAGUUUGCUUCAUGUAUGUUGUUGCGCGUGUCGCACGCACGACCAUUGCCAGACCGCGUGCUAAUCGUGCAUCGUUGUUUGCCGUGAGUCAAAAUUUGCCGUCCGCAACGAGCACACGAUAAUACGUUUGCUACGAAUGUUUUGAAGCACGUAAAACUGGUGCAGUUAAUUUUCUUUGCUAGGUUAAUGGAAGAGUGGCCUGCAGCACCGAGCUCACGUGCCCGUCCAUCAACAGCUAUCAACAACCGUCGACGUCGAUCAACCUGCCCGGUGUGAAGAAGCAGGGGAGUUGCGUGUGCUGACAGACAUCGCAGCAGUCCGUGUCGACUAGGCCAGCAACCGCGGAUGGGGAACGGUGAUGCGGAGGGUGGCGGCGAGCCGGCGCCCCCGGCCGCAGACGAGCGGCCGGCCGACGCGCCAGACGAGGAGGCUGAGCGGGCCGAGCUGGCCGCGUUCGUGGCCGGCCUGCAGGAGCGCUACCAGCAGAAGGCGCUGGAGCGGCAGCAGAACCAGUCGCCGGACCGGCCCGCCGAGGAGGACUUCUUCCGGUACGACUCGAGCCUGAAGAAGAACACCGCGUUCGUGAAGCGGCUGAAGCAGUUCACCGCCCAGCAGCUGCCGUCGCUGAUGCAGGACGUGUCCGGGCUGAACCUGACCAAGUACAUCUCGGAGGUGAGCGCGGCCCUGGUCGAGGCGAAGCUGAAGAUGAGCGACAUCGGCGCGGUGCUGACGCUGUGCAACUAUCUACACCGGCACUACGCCGAGUUCGGGCCGACGCUGCUCGAGAACUGGCAGCGGCUGCUGCCGAUCAAGCCGGGCGAGAAAGUGCCGAACCCGAGCAAGAUGCGGGUCGAUCUGCGCUUCUACGCCGAGCUGAUCAGCGUCGGCAUCUUUCCGAACAAGACCGGGCUGCCAUUGCUCGGCGCCUGCCUCACCGGGCUGAUUGCGCAGGACAAGGAGGAGCACGUCAACCUGUCGAUCGUGCUGUCCUUCUGCAAGCACUGCGGCGACGAGUACGCCGGGCUGGUGCCGAGCCGCAUGACCGCACUGGCGAAGAAGUACGGCGUGCCGAUGCCCGUCUCGCCCCUGCUGCCACCCGACCGGCAGGGCAACCUGCGCAAUCUGCUGCGCGACUACUACCAGUCGCUGGCGGAGCAUCUGCGCACCGAGCACAAGCAGCUGCAGCUGGCGGAGAAGUCGCGCCGCAAGAUGCUGCAGUCGAAGGGCGAGGUGACGGCGGAAAAGCGCGAACAGCUCGCCCAGCUGCAGGCGUCGUACGAGAAGCUGCACGCGUCGACCGGCACACUGGCCGAUCUGCUCGGCGAGCCGCUGCCCGAGCUGGAGGAGCUGCUCGAGCCGGGCACGCCGGGCGGCAUCGAGGGCGCUGUGCUGGACGGGCGGGCCGGCGAGGAGCUACAGUUCGGCAAUCUCGACCCGUGGCGGGACGAGGAGACGAAAUCGUUCUACGUCGAUCUGCCCGACUUGCGCCAGUUUCUGCCCAACUACUGCGACAAACGACAGCAGCCGGCGGGACAGCAGCAGCAGCAGGUGAAGGGAAGUCAGACGGCGCAGCAGCAGCAGCAGCAGCAGCAACAGCAGUCGGACAACGAGGAGGACAGUGAGGGGGCGCUCGAUCCGGACAUGAGUGCGGCCGGGCCGCCCAUCACGGAGGAAACGCUUGACAUGCCGGAGCUGCCGGAGCUGUACGGCGAUCUGGGCGAGCUCGAGUCGGCGGCCAGCUGCCUGCUCGAGGACGACGAUGCCGCCUCGACCGCCGAUCCGGGAGACGGGGUGACGGGUGCGGCCGGCAGUGGUGGCGCCGCAAGCGGCGGCACGCCCAGCAACCAGGGCAACCGGCGCUACUUCGAGCAGUUCGUGCAGAACCUGCAGAACUGCGUGAACCGCGAGCUGAUCGACAACGCCGCGAUCGACUUCCUGCUCAACCUGAACACCAAGAGCAAGCGGCGCCGGCUGGUGAAGGUGCUGUUCGGGGUGCAGCGGACCCGGCUCGACCUGCUGCCCAUGUACGCGCGAUUCGUCGCGAUCGUCGACCUGGUGUCGCCGGACGUCGCCCACGAGCUGUGCCAGAUGCUCAAGAUCGACUUCAAGUACCAUCUGAAGAAGAAGGACCAGAUCAACAUCGAGACGAAGAUCAAGGUGGUGCGGUACAUCGGCGAGCUGGUCAAGUUCGGCAUCUACAAGAAGCUGGAGGCGCUGUACUGUCUGCGCUGCCUGCUGCACAGCUUCCAGCACCAUAAUGUCGAGAUGACGUGCGCCUUCCUGGAGGUGUGCGGUGUCUACCUGUACAACUGCCCGGACAGCCGGAUGCGCACGAACGCGUUCCUCGAGCAGAUGAUGCGGCUGAAGAUGAACACGACCAUGCUCGACCGGUACGUGCAGCAGGUCGAGAACGUGUACUACCUGGUGAAGCGGCCCGAGGGGCUGCGGAUGGCGCGCAAGGAGCGCCCGCUGGUGCACACCUACAUCCGGCAGCUGAUCUGCCGCGAGCUGGACAAGUCGAACGUGGACAAGAUGAUCAAGCUGCUGCGCCGGCUCGGCUGGGACGACGAGGGGACGUUCGCGUACGCCGUCCGGUGCCUGUCGCGGGCGUACAACAUCCGCUACCAUCUGAUACGCAGCCUGGCCGACCUGCUGGCCGGGCUGCACUCCUACCAGGAGCGGGCGGUCCUGCACGUCAUCGACACCGUGCUGGAGGACAUCCGGGCGGGGCUGGAGAUACACGACAACAAGCUGGCCCAGCGGCGGGUCGCGAUGGUCAAGUAUCUCGGCGAGCUGUACAACUACCAGCUGGUCGAUGCGGACAACAUCCUCAACACGCUCUACUCGAUCAUCUCGUUCGGCGUGACGCUCACGCACGACGGCCCACCGUCGCUGGUCGAUCCGCCCGAGUCGCUGUUCCGGCUGAAGCUGGCCUGCGUGCUGCUGGACACGUGCGGCCAGUACUUUACGACGGGCGAAAACCGGCGCCGGCUCGACUACUUUCUCGUGUUUUUCCAGCAGUACUACUGGUACAAAAAGUCGCACCCUUACUUUGCCGGCAGCACGACGGUACCGCCGGCUGGGACUGCCCAGCAACCGCCUGCCAGCAGCAACAGCAACAGUGAGACGGGUGCGCCGCUGCCCGCCAUCUCCGGGCCGACGCGGCCGAGCGUGAAGGACCUCUUUCCGAUCCUGAUGGACCACAUGUACCGGGAGUGCUUGAAGAGCCUGCGGCCGAAACUGAAGCUGUACGGGAGCUUCGAACAGGCGAAGGAGGCGGUCGAGGAGCUGCGCCAGAAGCUGCUGCCGGGCGAUGCGCUCGAGCGGGCCGCCCAGGAGGGCUUGGCGGCCCAGCGGACGGUGAGCGACUCGUCCGACCGGGAGGAGACCUGCUCGCUGCAGUCGGACGAUGGUACGGAGGAGGACGCCCGGACGCGGCCGGACGAGGAGGAGGACGGGGCGGACACGCCCUCGCCGGCGGCCGGCGGUGCGACCGACGGCGACGACGAGGAGGACGAGGAGGACGACGAUGAGGAGGAGGACGAGGAGGAUGACGACGAGGAAGAGGAGGAGGAGGAGGAGGACCGGGAGUACGAUGAGGAGGACGAGCGGGCCCUGCAAGACGAGGAGCAGGAGGAGGAGGAGGAGCGGCCGGUGGCGCAGAAGCAGCCGGAGGAUCUCGAGUUCGAGCGCGAGUUCGAGCGGAUGGCGGCCGAGUACUGCCAGCAGCGGGCGAAGGACGCGGCCAAGGUGAACCCGAAGCACGUGCCGAUACCGAUCACGUUCCGGAGCGAUACGAAGAAAACGUACGACCAGCUGCAGGAACCGACGAACGUGAAGCCGGACACCGUGCCGUUCGCGCUCAUGAUCAGGAGCAAGGGCAAGCAGCAGACGUACAGGAAGUUCGAAGCGCCCGAGGACAGCCCGCUCGCGCAGUACAUACGCGAGCAGGAGCGCAAGCUGCAGGAGGAAAAGGACAGCGUCAAGCGGCUGACGCUCAACAUCUCCGAGCGGCUGGAGGAGGAGGACUACCAGGAGUCGCUCAACCAGCCGACCCGGCUCGCCGACCCGCUGCGGAUGCGGCCGCUCAAGCAGGCCAAGUUCAAGCAUCCGAAGGGUGUGCCCGACAUCGAUGCGAUCUUUCACUGAGCCACGCCGUCAAGCCACGCGGUAAAUGCGGCGAAAAAUAGGACCGGUUCGGUGGCCGUCCCGCGCCCCAAAUGGGGGGCCUAAAGGCACGCACGUGACGGUAGGAGCGACCCUGGCCCCUUGCCGGUGUGCAAGCAGUACGCAUUUGUGUUGUGCUCUGUGCUUGCGUCGGAGGAGCAAAAUUGUAAAAAAAACAAACAAACAAACAUGCAAAACCCUCUCCCAUUCGUUCGAAGUUCGAAUGCAGUCGAAGGUUUUAUUGAAUGGGUAAACCCCUUUAUGUGAAUAAACUGGCCAGCCUUGUUCGGUGCCGGUAGCACUGAACUGCCCUGAGCACAGAUUGAGAACGUUUCAGAAAGAGAGAGAGAGAGCGAGUGUUUGAAACGCUUCAGCUCGAACGAGCAAUGUAACGGUCCGUUUGAACGUGUUCCGUGCCGGGGAUGUAUCGAAUGAGAUUUCAUCAAAAAAAAAAAACGGCCAGUGUUGUACGCUUACAAUUUAAAUGAGAAUUUAAAUAAGCUUACUGUUUAAACAGUACUGCUUAUCGGGCACAGCAAGUUAAGGCUCUAGUUAUGAAUGCAAUCGCUUCAGCUCAUUCAUCACGACUUUGCGGAGGGACGAAACGUUGUAAAGCAAUAAAUUGGCUACAAAAAAAAAA